UGGGCUCUUAGUUGGAGGGAGGAAACUCCAACAGGAAAUAGCCAUUUCACAAAAAGAAAGCAGCAACGUUAUGGUGGAGUCACAGCACAGCCAUUUAGCCCCAAGACAAGCACAAAUCCUUCCUAAGAAUGUCCAAUACUGUCUGGCAGGAACAGUGCUGGUCUACACUCGCAUCAUCUGGUGCAUUCAUGCCGGUCUGGAAAGAAUUAACAGGGCACCAAAAAGUUACACAGACAUGGACUACACAAAUGACUUUCUCUCAGAUUCUUGGGCACAGAUGUUCCUCAGACACAAGCCUCUUAUACCUGCAGUUGUACAGCUUGUCACAGCCAUAGUGAUCAUUAUAGUUGGAUGCUUUGGUGAAAUCCAUGUGGGAACACCAUGGUGGACUGGAAUACUCUAUAUUUUGUCAGGAGUAUCUCUUUGCCUAUUAUAUAUCUGGAAGUUGCAUAUGUUGGAAAUCAUUUCAAUUGUGACAGUGAUAUUGAGUAUCAUGGCCUCUGUGGCAUCCAUUGUCAUUUACGCACUUGAAUUCUCCAAUCCACAGCUUUUUCCACAUAGCAAAAGUGAUGUUGCUCUAACCUACCAAGUGGAUGUCAGCAUUUUAGGACUCUGUUCAUUCCAGUUUGAAAUAACUGUCUGGAUUCUAACAAUCCUUUUUUUAUCAAGAAGAGCCACUAAUCACUAGACCAUAUUGUAGUAACUCCUUGUUGUCUAUACCAACAUAGCAAUCACCUGAGACAAAAGAGGAUAAGUUGUAUUUUUAUAGAAGCAUGUCAUGAUGUGCUUUUCAGUAGACUAUUAAAGGUCAAUUGGCAUCUAACCAAACUAUACUACUAAAUGAAACUGUGUUCAUUCCGUGUCUACCACUGACAGUAAUAAAGUCA